UGUCGAUACCAGAUCACAGGGAGCCUCACACCUCACCGCACCACCCUGCAUUUCCCGGAGCUGAGAGCGUCUCCUUUUGUCUGCUAGCUGACUAUACCUCCCUGUGUUUACUAUCUGCAGUCUGCUGUCUACCCACGUCCUCAUGGAAGGUGUAAGUAACGGUCGCCGUGUGGUGGUCAGUUUGGUUCUCUUGUUGGCCCUCGUUAGUACAGCAUCAGCCUCGCUGGUUCCAUUUUAUCACCCUGAUUCACCCCGUCAACAACCCACGUCUACUGAAGCUAUGGUUACUACCUUUAACAUUACCCAUACUUCUAGUGAGGCCAAGACUACCAACGUCAACAUCUCUCUUACCUCCAGUGAGGCCAAGACUACCAACACCACCCUCCCUCCUACCUUCAGCAGCGUCCACAACUCGACGGCUUCCUUCCAAAACCUCGCUAGGUUGUCGUCACAAGGCAGAGAGCUUCUGUGUAACCAAACCCUUCAAGAAGUUAUCGUGAACAAGGCAAAGGUUAUCAUGUCCAUCAUCGACGACUUCAAGAAUGAUUAUGUCAGGAAUAAGUUCAAGACUGAUUGGGACUUCAUUGAUUCAUUCUUUGACCCAAGUACAGAUAAGGAUUAUGUGAAGGUUUGUGACGCAAGUGAGUGUGCUGAGGUUCUUCCCACCCUGCCCACCCCGCCCCACCACCCACCCAUCACCCAGGAGGAGGCCAAGGAACAGCUGGCCAACAUCACGGGCUGGGUGCAGCAGUACAUCAUCGCUAUGGAGCAAGUCUUCCUUGAUCAGUCGCUCACUGAAGACAUAUUUCAAGAGAACAUAGACGAUGUGUACCGUCUGCUGGAGGGGCUAACGAGGGUGCUGACUCAGGGCGUCGAGGACUGUCAGGCUGUGGCUGACGACACCAUCGUCAGGCAGCUGGCCAGCAAAAUAUACACCAGCACAAACACCUUCCUCAUCAACCAGAGGGGCUUCAGGAGCCUCCGUCAGUGUCGUCAAGGACUUCAGUACAUCGUUGACGUAUUUUCCAGCAGCAGCGACAAGGAGGACCUGUAGUGCCCCACCGCCAGUGUAUCUCUGUGUUGUGUUACACGCUGUACACGAGUAUGUUUGUGUUACACACUAUGCACGAGUGUGUAGUGUUACUAGAUAAAAUUUAUUACUUAAAUAUAAGAUACAAUCCUAGUUGAUAGUUUAUGAACUAAUAUUGGUUAAUAUCUAUCAUUAUAUUGUGUAUUAGAUGUGAUGUAAAAUUUAUUGUUGUUAUUGUUACAAGCAGUUGAGUGGUUACCUACGUGUAUGUUGGUACUCGAUUUGGUUGUUGGGUUUAGUGUUAACGCUUCUAAAUGUUUUUAAAUGUUUAUUGUACUGA